AUGUGGCGUUUUUCGACAAUAAACUCAGCUUGUCCCCUGGUGGCUUCUUACCUGGCAGAGGAUGGAUCCUUCGAUCUGAGUUUGCGUUACUGUGUCGACCGGUCCCUACCGGCCACCAGAUGCGCCAAAAUUCCCCUGAAUCUAAUCAGCAAAAAGGGUGGAGACCGUAAUGUCAGCUUUGCGGAAAUGGCUGAAGUCGACGACGACGACUGGAAAAUUCCAAUUAAACCGGACGCAUAUAAUAUGUAUCCACAGGGUCUUUCAUUGCCCGAUGUCAUCCAGAAAUACAAGGAAACUGGCUUUGUUCCUGAGAUUCCAAUAAACAACCCCACCUUAAAGAUACUCAACGCCAGCUCCUCGGUCGCACAUGACAACGUUUUCAAACGUGAUCGUUUCAAUAUCACUUUACCCGGUCGGGCCGGAAACUCCCUCAUUAACGUUACUAGUCGACGCGCCCAGAUCCUGACGCAGCUGGACGAGGAGAUGCGCCAGUAUGAUGAUCUAGUCAUGGGCGAUUUCGAGGAAACCUACUUGAAUCUCUCUCUGAAGAUGCAUCUCACAUUCCUCUGGGCAGCCAAGUUCUGUCGCGAACGU